AACCGUCGUGUUUCUUCCUGUAGACGCGAUCUUUCUCCGCCGAUCCUCUCUGUAUUUACCUACUUCAGAAGUCGAGAUUGAUAGUAGAGAAGGUGAAAGGAAGGAUAGGAAGGAGAUCUCUGCUUUAGAACGCACGGUUUUAUCCGGCGAGGGUUUGAUCAGGGAAGGGCAAAUGUGGGUUUCCGGUGGGUUUCUGGAGGAUAGGGUUUUUCUUGUGCGAUUGAGGAUUUGGAUAUAAUCUGAUACGUGGGAGGGGAAUCAGAAGAGGAGAAAGAGGAGAUGAGUGCUUCGAGAUUUAUAAAGUGUGUCACGGUUGGGGACGGCGCCGUCGGGAAGACAUGCAUGCUUAUAUCGUACACCAGCAACACGUUUCCCACGGAUUAUGUGCCAACAGUGUUUGACAAUUUUAGCGCAAAUGUGGUUGUUGAUGGUAGCUCUGUUAACCUAGGUUUAUGGGAUACUGCAGGCCAGGAGGAUUACAAUAGAUUAAGACCACUGAGCUACCGUGGAGCUGAUGUUUUUAUCCUGGCAUUUUCCCUAAUCAGCAAGGCCAGUUAUGAGAACAUUUCCAAGAAGUGGAUUCCUGAACUUAGGCACUAUGCCCCUACUGUUCCUAUAAUACUUGUGGGAACAAAAUUAGAUCUUCGUGAAGACAACCAAUUCUUUAUUGACCACCCAGGUGCUCUUCCGAUUACCACCGCACAGGGCGAAGAGCUUAAGAGGAAAAUCAAUGCUUCUGCCUAUAUUGAAUGCAGCUCAAAAACACAGCAGAAUGUGAAGGCAGUCUUCGAUGCGGCCAUUAAGGUAGUUCUUCUGCCACCCAAACAAAAGAAGAAGAAGAAGAAGAGAAAGUCAAAGAAGGCAUGCCCCAUUUUGUGAGGAAAAACAAAGUGC